GUAAGUCACUCGUCAAUACUUGAAUACAGAUCGACCGCGUGGCUGAAAGUUUUUUCUACAAUAAAUUUGAAGUUAUGCUUACUUUACAGGAUUUACUUAAUCGUCACUUAAUUAUAUUUUUUCAAAUAUAUAUUUAAUUUAGUAUUAUUCAACACAAAAAUGUGUGAAGAAAUUGAACUUCAUCGAUACGACGAGACAUCUUGGGGAUUUCGUCUAACAGGAGGCCAUGAUUUUGGGAUUCCUCUUACGGUCGUUAGGGUGACUGGAGGCAGUUUGGCCGAAGAAGCUGGCAUGUGUGUUGGAGAUAUGAUUAUUGAAAUUAAUGGAGACAGCACGGCUCAAAUGACACAUAGUGAAGCUCAACAAUGUAUUUUAGAAGCUGGAAAUUAUAUUUCUUUGUCGAUCUUGCGAGGAAGUCCUGUGCCAGCAGUUACACCGACCAGAGGACUUAACACACCUUCAGUUAUUGAUCGGGCAACAUCAUCUGUGGGAAGUAUAACUGAAUAUGAGUCAACACUUGAAAAUUACAGAGAAAAUGUAAUAUCAGUUGUAUCAGAUUCUUAUGAAAAUGGGCAUGAGAUGACCGAGGAAGAAAUAGCUGAAAAACUACUAGAAAGUGCUGAAGUUAUGGAAAAUAAUGGAAAAAAUGUUAUUGGUGUCAAUUUUAAACGGUUUGUACCUAAAUGUGAUUUUAUUAAGAAUUCAUUGGUUUUUCAAACAUUACAAGAAGAACAAAUUUUUGAUCAAAAAUCAGAGCAAGAACAAUUAAAAAGAUGCCCAACGAAAAGAUUUUCAACAUUUUUGACAACACCAAAUAGGCCUAAAAUCAAACCACCAGAAAAGAAAAAACCUGAAGAAUCAAAAAAAAAUGAGAUAACUGGUACUGAAGAUUUAACAGUAGAGGAGUGUACAAAAUUAAAAUCCUCUGAACAAGUAUGUACCAACUGUAAAUGUAAAUUAACAAACAUAGAAAAUUGCGUUGUGUCAACGGAUAUAGUAAUAACUAAAGAAAGAAAUGAUGUUGAGUGUGCAGAAGAACACGAAGAUAAUUCGAAAGAAAUAACCCAAAUUGAAAAUGAAGAAGAAGAGAUUCAUACAGAGAAAAUCGAACAAAAAGGAAUUGAAAAUAUUACUACGGAAGAGGAGUUCAUUGAAUUUUCUAAAGGAAUACAUGAACCUGAAGAAACUGUCUAUGUGAAAAAUGAGAACGAAAAUAAGUUUGAAAAAAGUAUAUUGGACAUUCAAAAUCAAUUAUCUGCUAUUCGAGAACUACCAUUACAGAUUCAAAAUCAUAUUUCAAUGUUGGAAAAACAACUUUCAGAUUUACUCUCGCAUGAAAUUAAAUCAACUGAAAGUUCUGAAAUUAAUAAAAAAAACACAGAAAACGAAGAAGAACAAAAAAAAUAUUUAAUCAAAAAAGAAAGUAUUGAAGAUGAAUCUUUAGAGAUAUGUGAAGACGACGUAUUUGAAACGGUUAUUGAUGAAAUAAUUGAAGAAGUAGAAGAAUUGAAAUUUAAUGAGAUAUCGGAUGAAAAAUCGGAAGAAAAAUCGGAAGAAAAAUUGGAAGAAACUGAAGAUAAAGAACCCAUCGGUAGACCAAUGUAUCCUCUUACACCAUUACCCAGACCUAUCGUAUUACCCGGUGGUCGAAAGUGGAGAGGUCCUAAAGAUGCGUACAAUGAAAAAUUUAUCGCUGAAACAUUGAUAUCACAAGCUGAAGUUUUAGUCGGCUCCACGUUGGGAGUAAACUUUAGAAAAUAUGAACCACCAAAAUUUGAUUUGUCAAACUCAGCUGUAUACAAACUAGUGCAUAACAUAGAAGGAAAAAAUGCUGGAGGUAUUGAAAAUAGGGCUGAAAAGGUAGCGGCUGAGGAAGAUUUCUACUACCAUAAACCAAUUGAUGCACGGCAAUUUUACUUAGCUACACUCCCACAACCAUCAAUAGUUCCAGAUUUUGAAAACGAUAAUCAGUAUUCCCAUUAGAUGAAAACAAUAUUUGUUUUAUAAAUCUAAAAUAGUACUAUUUUGUCAAAAUCAUUUAGAAUAAGUUUACUUACUGUUGGAAUACCUAGCUACCUUAUACUUCCAAAUUUUUAGUCUAUAUUAAAUUAAUAUCAAAUAAUGUAAAUCGGUUAUAAUUAGAUUAAGUAUAAAUUUUUUUUUUAUGUAUUAAUCCAAACCAAUAAACUGUCGAAUAUUAGAUUAUUAUUUCAGUCAAAUAAAUUAUGCUA